CGAACUCAGGACCUUGCGCUUGCCAGGCAGGUGGAGUGCCACUGAGCUACAGCCCCAGCUAUAAUGUUUUAAACUAGCUGUCUACAGUAAAAGGAGCUCGAGGAACAUUGGGGGCCCUGGGGGGCUGGCAGCGUGGGAGCCCUCCCCAAAUCAAAUGUAUUUUUAUCCCUCCCAGUCCAGCAGCACUGGUGCUGGCAGAGAGGGAUCAGGGGAGGAGGUCUAGUCAGGGUGGAGGAAGCUCUGUGACUCUGUGACCUUGGCUGGGGCCAAGGUCAGGGCUGGCAGCCCAGCCAGCCCAGCCGGAGGCCCCUGUUGGAGAGCCUGAUGCCCAGAUGGGCUCUUGCUCCCUCCAGCUCAUUAACCCUUGACAGCUCAGCUGGGCAGCCCAGGCCAUCUGCGACUCCUUCUGCUGCACUUCCGGCCUCUGUUGCCCCACACAGAGGACAGGACUCAUACCCAACCCCGGCAGGGUGGGGGUCAGGUCCAGAGCCAGAGCUGCCCUGCUCCACUCUGCUCAUGCCUGGGUUUCCUACUGGGCAGCAGCUCCAGUUCUUCCAGCCUUCCUAGGUCACCCCUCCUGACCCACCCAGGGGGCGUCCUGAAGGACCUGGACAAUACUCAGGGGUCCUCUCCCCCUCUCCAACCCCCCCCCUUAGCCAGGGCCUCAGACCCCCCCCAAGGCCAGCUAGCGCUAGUGUGGACCCCUGACUCUAGGAAACCCCAGAGUACAGAAGAAAGGGUUUGGACAAGCAGGGAGGUUAUUAUUAUUAUUAUAUUAUUAUUAUUCCUGGCAGGUUGGGGGUCCUGUUGACACACCCAGCAGGCUGGGGAGGGCGGCUGUGGCUGGGGUCCCUGGGGCAGCCCCUGUGGAGCUGGACAAUGCUCCUUCCCUACGGUGCUCUAGGCAAUCAAGGGGGCUGUGACCUGCCAAUGAGGUCACAGAGCCCCAAGGUGCCCUCAGGGAGAGAGCCCAACCCUGGGUAUGAACUUUGACCAGAAGGCCGUGAAAUUCCUGGCCAAUUUUUACAUCAAUGGAGGCAAACACUGGACGCAUGGCCCCCUGAGACAAAAAAGGCCCGAGGCCGCCCUACUGUCCUGGGAUGCGGAUGAGAAGAGUCCCACCAGCCCGAAGAGGACCCCAAUGGGCUGGAGGUCAUUCGUGGGGUCCACCGGGGAGUGCCCGCUCACCCGCACCCGGACCCUACGGGGGCUGCUGCUGGAGCAGCGCCCCCCGCUCCUGGCCGACCCCGACGUGCCGGGCCCAGCAGAGUACGCGCCCAGAGCCUUCUUGCGGGAAAUCUGCCCGCACCUUCACUACAGCAUCGGCUGCAGGCACCCGGGCCCAGACAGCGGCGGCCGCAGGGCGUGGCACAGCGCGUGGCUGCAGAGCGAAAGCCCCUUCACGCGGAAGGUGGACUUCAACCUCGAGCGCCAGUGGCCGUCGCCCGCAGAUCACGUGCCGCCCAGCCCUCCCGUCGGCCCCGCUUUCAGCUUCGGGGUCCGUGCGCGCCCGGGUCCGCUUCGCGUCCAGACCCCCAGUGCACGAUUCCUGGUACAGGGUCCCCCGCGGGUCCCCGGCGAGCAGCGGCCAGGCCCCACCGCCUACGACGUCCGCGCCGGGUGUCGCCUGCAGCGCCCUCGCCCGCCCGCCUUCUCCAGGAGCGGCUCGCCCGCCUUUGCCGCAGGGCUGCGCGCCUGUAAGGAGGUCCGGGGGAGGCUGGGUCUGGCCCGGCCCUGCUGCGCGCGCACGGGUGGGGCGGGACUAGGUGUGGGCCGUGCUGUGCUCGUGGGCUCCCAGGCCCUCUCUCUGCAGCUUGCACGCCUGGUCCGGCCGCCUACCACGUGGAGGACUGCUACGACUCGCGCUUCCCCUCCGCUCCUGGGGUGGUCAUCCAGGGUGUACGCAGGCCCAAGCGCCACGACACGGGCCCUUUCUGCGCGCUCUAGGGCCCGCUGGGCUCUGCCGGCCCUGCUUGUCACCUAGUGGAUCCCCGGCUUCCCUGGGCCUCUCCCAGGCCUCCCGCUGGACGUGGUUGUGGCGCCCCAGGCUGGACCUGACCCCUGGGUGCCCCUGACCUACCCUCCGACUGGGGACUCUGCUGUGGACUUCGGGAAGGAGAGCCCAGCCCAGAGCCCCCACCUGCCCACCCCCUGCUCUACUGAGAUGGAGAACUCGGUGUGUGUCUAGCUGCUGUCCCCUUCCCAGGGGGCUGUCCUGAAGAUGUGGCCUGCUGCUUCCCUGUCAUUUCUAGUUUUUCCUGUGUGGAGGUUUCCAUUUGGCUGAUCCUGCAGGGAGUACUUUCCUCUGUAGGGACUGGUGUGGCAGCCUGGGGCUGACCUGGAGAUUCCAGGCCUGGGACAGGAUGGGCUGAGGAAGACACCUCUUCCUGACCAUGCCGCCCCAAGGGAACUGGCCCAGCUGCCCUGCUACCCUCAGGUCAGGCUGCUUGCUGAGCCCAGGAGGGACUGCUGUCUUGAGGGUCAGGGCAGAGUCAGCCUGCCCAGCUGCCAGGGAGGUGGCUCAUCAAGGCUGGGCCCCAUUUCCCGAGGCCUUGGCCUGAACGUCCAGCAUGGGCCCUGAGAACUCUGGCCAAGGCUGUGCAGGCCAAGUCAGCAAGGGGCCUUCCCUGGGCCUUCAUGCGUCGGGGCCCCUGCCCUGUCUGUAGCAGCAGUGUGGUUGUGGGUCCCCUCAUCACCACUCCCCUGCUGUCCUACCCAGGGGGCCACUCUGCAGGUGCCUCAUCUGCAGCUGGUGAGAUCUCCUCCAUCUCCCAGCCCCAGCCCUGCCCAGGUUCUGGCCCAGUUGCUGGCAGGUGCCAGCACCUGUGUCCUCCAUGCCCAGCUGGGUUCAGACUCCCAUGCCCUGGGGAAUAGGGGCAGUGGGACCUUCAACACUCGGCUGAUCAGCUGUCUGGAAGCAGCUGUGAAGGACCUCAGGGAGCCCUGGCUCUGGGCACUUGGCCUCAGAUGAAACAGUCCUGGUUAUUGCUGCACCACCAGGUACCUCGAAGACUCGAAGCUGGGCAGGAGGGGGAGGAGCUCUCAAGGCUGAGGGAGAGUUUGCUGGGCAUCAGAGAAGGAGUUUCUAGCAGGGCAAACCCCAGUAGCAAAGGGACAAGAAAAGGAGGAGGUGUGGUGGUUCGUGUGGCUGAGCCUGAGGACACAGGAGGCUCAGUGCCUGCACUCUUGGCAACAGGACCCAGCUUCUCGUCCUGCAGAGGACAGGAUGCCAUGGAGCCUGGACCUGGCUUCCAGCUCAAGGAGGCCCACAUUGGGUAGUCCAAUGGGUAGAUCCUAACAUCUCUGUGAGGAGCACAGUGGCUGUGUACCCAAAGGCCAGCUUUGCUGGGACCCUUGGUACCCCUGGAGGCACUUUUUUUUUUGGUACUGGGGAUGGAACUUGGGACUUUGCGCUUUCAAAAGAGGCUGCGGAACCACUGAGCUAAACCCCCGGCCUGGAGGCACAUUUAGACUUUAGUUUAUGGCAAGCCUAGGGGGUGAGCUUUGUCUCGGUUCACCUGGAGAAAGCCAAGUUCUGGAAAGCGUCAAGGUCACGCACUUUAUCCCACACCUAUGCCUCACACCUGGACCCAGGUGCAGGGAGUUUGUCGGGCAGUGAAGCGCCACGUCAUGGACGCUGCUGUGAGAUCAUCAGUAGAGUUCGUGAUUACAAGAAUAAAGAAAAUUCCCUUGGAUAAAA